UCUAAUAAUAUGAGAAUGUUGUCUGUCUAUCUGUGUUGGCCCUUUGAUGAGGUGGGGACUUGUCCAGGGUGUACCCUGCCUUCCGCCCGAAUGCAGCUGAGAUAGGCUCCAGCGACCCCGAAAGGGACAAGCGGUAGAAAAUGGAUGGAUGGAUGGAGAUGCACCUCGGACAACUCCUCCUUGCCGGGAUGGAACCAGUCCAGACCCCCAACUUCCGUCAAGCGAGCUUCCCUCACGGACGCAGCAAUGUACAACACAAUGUGAAGCUUUCAAAUGACAUUGAAGUCAUCUUUGAUAAAGGAUGCAAGGUGGGUGUCAUCUCAGUGGGCCCGACCGCAGCCUGCGACACAAUUUGGCACUAGGGCCUGAUUCUGAAAUUCCUCUGGAUAAUCCCUGAAUGUAACAUAGUGGAAUUCAUUGCCAACAUCCUCGCCAAUUCAUAUUGAAGACAAGUGAUAACCAGUCCUGCUGCCCAAGACGCCUAAGAAACAGAAUUCCCCAAGGAUCAGUACUGGUUCCAAUGGUAUUUAACGUUUACAUUAUUGACCUACCAUGCACAACAUCUCUGCAGUACAGAUAUGCCGACCACCUCGCUCUUCUUCACUCUGACAGAUGCUAGUUGAAAGUAGAAGACGUGCUCAUGGCAGACAUGGCACUGACCGCAGCCUAUCUCCAGACCUUUAGUCUGCAGCUUAGCAUUGCAAAACCCACCCUUACAACUUUCCAACUCAACAACAACGAAGCUCUGCGUCAGCUUACAGUCAACCUUAAAGGGACACCUCUACCCACUCCGACAUACCUUGGGGUAAAUGGGCAACUGACCUUCAGGCAACACCUUGAAGCUCUAUGUACCAAAGUCUCAUCUAGGAACAAACUCCUUUGUUGUCUGCAGGCACAUCCUAGAGAGCCAAUACGUCCACUGUUGCCCUGACCCUACUCUACAGUGCUGCAGAAUAUGUUGACCCCAGCGGGGUGCCAAGUGUACACAUUAAAAAGCUGGACACAUUCUCAACAGCACCUUGAGAAUUAGCCCUGGCUGCCUAUGACCCACUCAAUCUGAGUUCCUGGCAGUGUUAGUCUGCAUUGCACUUGCGACUCUUUGCAGAGAAGACCUCUCACAGAGACUGAUGAACAAGGCCUUGCUGGCUGUAAACCAUCCCCUACACAACCUUGUUCAGAACUCUAAACUUGACCGCCAACGUCUGCGUCCUAGCCCCCCUUUCUUCUGCAAUGCAGCAACUUUUUGCGGCUCCAUUAUCAACAUCAUUGACAGAUGGAGAACUGCCGGACAGGGAACCUCACGACCCACUCAAUUUACAGUAUGCCCUAACACAUAAUUGUCACCAGGGGCCAACCUGCCUCACAGAAAAUGGGUGACUCCAAAUCGCCUACCAACUGGAGUCGACCAUUUCAACUCCAACAUGCACCGCUGGGGGCUGCGCCAAUCAGCAGCCUAACUGCACACCACAUACUCCACGAGUGCCGCACCCUACGCCCGCCUGAAGACAUACUUCUUGAUCUGUUCAACGCCGACCCUGACACCAGUGCUGGCUGCAACGCCUGAACCAAACUACAUAGCGGCCUCAUACGCAAAAAAAAAAGUAUAGACUUUUUGUAGGACAUGAGUGUAGACUCUUUGUGGGACUCCUGGACAUGAGUGUGUCCUGUACAAUGUAGACUCUUUGUAGGAUUAACAGACAUAAAUGUGUUCUCUACAAUGUGGACAAACAACAAUAUGAGAAGAUUUUCCUGCUGGUAUUUGUUUUUGUCUCUGUGGACCUUUUCUGGCAAAUGAGCAGUGAACUUGGCAGGAAAAGCACAGAAACACACACACACACACACACACACGCACACACACACACGAUGAACUACCCCCCCUUGUGCCCCUCCCCUCUUCUCUCCUCUACUUUUCUUCUUUAGGACGUCUACAGUAAGGACGUUCACAAGUCACUGCAACAUGUCUGUACUCACACUCUUCAUCAUCAUCAUCAUCAUCAUGGCGGCUGGCGGUGAGGUCGAGGUGACAUCAUCACCAGACUACGAUUACGACUACAACGCAACCUUUGGCUACACAUUUUACAGCAACACAAGCAGCGAGGAUCUGGAGACCUUCCUGAAGAACACUAGCGACUACCUGGAUUCACAUGAGAAUAGGCAGGACUACGAGGAGGAAGUGAUCAUCACCACGACAACUAAACGGAUGGGAUGCUGAUGAUGGCGGUGAUUGUGCACCACUCACUGUGAGACAAAAGUCAAAGUUCAUGCGCUGGAGCCGCACUGACUGCGUGGAUUUAUGACAGCAAACAUUUGUAUGUGUAAAUAAAAGCACACCAGAUAUCAAAUAGGCCACCUGUGUGUUUGUGUGUGUGUGUGUGUGUGUGUGUGUGUGUGUGUGUGUGUGUGUGUGUGUGUGUGUGUGUGUGUGUGUGUGUGUGUGUGUGUGUGUGUGUGUGUGUGUGCGUGUGUGUGCUGACUCUUUUUAAAGUGAUGAUUGUCUUCAUGUUGGCUGGUAAAAUAUUUGAAAAGUUUAUUUUCCUAAUAAGACAAAUGUUGACAUGAGAAUGAGACAUUAAAGACAAUGUGGUCACUUUCA